AUGCCGCUAGAUACAUCUACCACAUAUCCUCUUACAAAGCUGCGCCUGGACGGCCGUCGGUGGAAUGAGCUCCGUUUACUCCAAGCCCAGAUCUCGACCAACCCUGCCAGCUCCGGCUCUUCAUACCUAUCCAUGGGCAACACGUCAAUCAUGUGUUCCGUCCACGGACCCGCCGAGGGCCGUCGCGGAGACGGCGGUAGUGCAGGAAGCGGCCAUGCCGUUGUUGAAGUCGACGUCAACGUCGCCGGUUUCGCUGGUGUGGAGCGCAAGCGCAGAGCUGGUGGAAGUGACAGACAAUCAACGCGGAUUGCCACAACUCUCCGCUCGACCUUCCAGUCCCACCUGCACACAUACCUCUACCCCCACAGCACAAUCAGCAUUCACAUCUCCGUUCUGUCCGCGGAUGGCUCUCUACUCGCCGCCGCGAUCAACGCUUGCACUCUAGCCCUCGUCGAUGCGGGUAUCCCAAUGCCGGGUCUGUUGUGCGGUUGUACGGCCGGUAUGAGUGGUAGCGCGUCGACGCCGCGUGACCCACGGCACGACGAGCUUGAUCCUCUUUUGGACUUGUCGCUUCCAGAAGAACAGGAACUGCCUUCGCUUACGGUUGCAACGACGACCGUUGUGCCGGUUGGCGAGAACAAUAUGGAUGAGGACGAGGAGACGAUGAAGGUUUCUGUGCUCUCUAUGGAGUCUAAGGUUCACGCUACGUAUCUUGAGACAAUGUUGGCUGUGGGUAUUGAUGGGUGCAGUCAGAUCCGCGAAUUGUUAGCGGAUGUUAUCAAAGGGUCUCGGAGAUGA